UUUCUAACUAUAGAUUAUAUUUAUGUGUGUAUGAUAUGUAAUAACAAAUUAUAACCUAAAUCUAUCAAUUAUAUAGUAAAAAUAUUUUAAUAAAAAUCAAAUAUUUUUAGGCAACAACAUUUUGUAAUGGCAUUUUAGUCAAGAAUGUAUUGUCAUGUAGACGUUACAGUUUGUAUGAUCCUGAUUAUUUGGAGAUGUUAAAACCAAAAGUACCAAUUUAUUCUAUAUUAAAUAUACAGAUUACAGGAUAUGUUUAUCCUGUAUUAGAACAUUAUCAAAGUUUCAUUCAUAAAGUCGCUACAGCUAUGGACAUUGAUGUAGAUAAUAGUUGGGCAUUUCCUGCAAAAGUAUUAAAAAUUCAAAGAUUUAAACCAAAAGGUACCGUUGUGAGCGCAGAAUAUAAUCUUAAUAUUUAUGAAAGGAAUGUACAAUUAGCAGAUGUUACGUCAACGCAGUGUCCUUUACUAAUUAGAAUAUUAGAAACUACUUUACCAGAAGGGGUAACAUUAAAUGUGGCCAUUUUCAAUCCUGAUAUAGAAUUAAAACGUUAUAUACCUGAUAAACAAUUAUUAGAUAUGAGAACAAUGUUAGAGGAUAUGAAACAAAAAAAGUAAAUUAUAAUACACAACGUUGAAUUAUUUCUGAAAGCAUUGUAAUUUAUAUUAGUAAUGAUAUUAAAUAUGUAUAAGUACAAGUA